AUGAACAACAACGAAAUAAGUGAAAAAUUUGUAAAUGAUUGGGUAUCGGAAACAAAAAAUGAGCUUCAUCUUAUUAUCAAGGAUAAGAACUCCUACUACAAUUUUGAUUUUUAUAACGAGAAGAAAGACGAUAACUCGAAUGGAAGAUUUGAGUGGCCGCAAGACUGUCCGAUCCUAGACAGUGAUAUCGAAAAAGAUAAUUCUGCAAACAAGCGUAAACAAAAUAGAAAGAUUUCUGGACUAAAUUUUUCGGAUAUAGCACGCAAUUUUGAGAAUUUUUGCAAGUAA